AUGUGGGCGUAUAGGACGGCUUAUAAGACUCCGCUAAGGAUGAGCCCCUUUCGGAUUGUCUAUGGGAAGGCGUGCCACCUCCCGGUUGAAAUUGAACAUAAGGCCUAUUGGGCGGUCAAGCAAUGCAACAUGGACCUAACCAAGGUAGGCAUAGCAAGGAAGUUGCAAUUAGAAGAACUCGAAUGUCUUAGAUUGGAGGCCUAUGAGAAUGCAAGGAUCUAUAAGGAGAAGACUAAGGCUUUUCAUGAUCACCAUAUCCGCAAAAAAGAUUUCCAAGAGGGUGAUGAAGUUCUUCUAUACAAUUUGAGACUUAGGUUCAUGCCCGAAAAACUCCGUUCAAGGUGGGAUGGUCCCUUUAAAGUGAAGGAAGUGAAGCCUUAUGGAGUGGUUGAGCUAUUCCACCCUCAAAAUAGUGCAACAUUCAAAGUGAACGGCCACAGGGUAAAGAAGUAUCAUGGUUAUAAGUCACCAAAGGAAUUGGAGGUGUUCCUUCUUGAGGAUGCACCCAAAGGAAGAGAAUCUCGAGCUAAUGAACGUCCAACUUAA